UCGCAGUUUCAGUUUUCUCUUCAUUCGUGGCGGUGUGGCUUUUUUUUUUCUUGGAGUAGAGUGAAAAAUUUUCUGAUUCGAUAGAAAACGCGUAGAAAAGUGCAAAUUUUCCGAUUGAAAAAGGUGGAUUUUUGGUGCGCGCGAAAUGUCGGACAGUGGCAGCGGUUCGGACAAUGACAGUGUGGUGUCGAAUCGAUCCCGCAAAAGCGGUGGUUCCAACCGAAGCCGAUCUAUGUCCCGCUCGGCAUCGAGGUCAGUGUCGCGAUCGCGCUCGCGUUCCAGAUCGGUUUCUCGGUCCCGGUCGCGUUCUGCGUCCGGAUCCGGUUCGGAUGGGGAGGGGGAGCAGAUACGGAUGAAGAAGAAACGCAAGAUGAGUGGUGGUUCGGAUGAGGAAGAGGUAGAGGACGAGCAGGAACCGGAGGGAGAGGAUUUGGACUCGGAGGAGUACGAGGAUGAUGAAGACGACGACGAUCGACGGGGAGGUAGAAAGAAGAAAAAGAAGGAGCGAUUCGGUGGAUUUAUUAUUGAUGAGGCCGAGGUGGACGAUGAAGUGGAUGAGGAUGAAGAAUGGGAAGAGGGAGCGCAGGAGAUUGGAAUCGUGGGCAACGAAGUGGAGGAGUUUGGACAGACCGCACGGGAAAUUGAAAACAGACGGCGAGGAACAAAUCUGUGGGAUAACCAGAAGGAGGAUGAAAUUGAGGAAUAUUUGCGGAAGAAGUAUGCAGAUGAGUCUAUUGCCCGGAGGCAUUUCGGCGAUGGAGGUGAGGAAAUGUCCGAUGAAAUUACCCAGCAGACGUUGCUUCCUGGAAUUAAGGAUCCGAAUCUGUGGAUGGUCAAAUGUCGCAUCGGGGAAGAGAAAGCGACCGUUUUGCUGCUUAUGAGGAAGUUUUUGACUUAUGCCAACACGGAUGAGCCGCUAAUGAUUAAGUCGGUCGUGGCCCCGGAGGGAGUCAAGGGGUACGUCUACAUUGAAUCGUACAAACAGACCCACGUCAAGGCGGCCAUCACCAAUGUGGGAAAUUUGAGAAUGGGUAUUUGGAAACAGGACAUGGUUCCGAUCAAGGAAAUGACGGACAUUCUGAAGGUAGUCAAGGAACAAACUGGACUCAAACCGAAGCAAUGGGUCCGUUUGAAGCGUGGUAUCUACAAGGACGAUAUCGCACAGGUAGACUACGUGGACUUGGCCCAGAAUCAGGUCCACUUGAAGUUGCUUCCACGUAUUGAUUACACUCGGCUGCGGGGAGCUCUCCGUACAACGCAGUCUGAAAAUGACGAAAACAAACGCAAGAAGAAGCGUCGACCUCCAGCGAAACCGUUUGAUCCGGAAGCGAUUCGAGCUAUCGGCGGAGAAGUAACCUCCGAUGGUGACUUCUUGAUCUUUGAAGGCAACAGAUACUCCCGAAAAGGGUUCCUGUACAAGAAUUUCACCAUGUCGGCCAUUCUGGCCGAAGGCGUUAAACCAACCCUGGCCGAAUUGGAGCGUUUCGAAGAACAACCCGAGGAGAUCAACAUCGAACUGGCCGUAUCCGGCAAGGAAGACCCGGUUGGAGCUCACACUUUCUCCAUGGGAGACAACGUCGAGGUCUGCGUGGGUGAUCUGGAAAAUUUGCAAGCGAAGAUCAUCGCCAUAGAUGGAGCCCUGAUUACGGUCAUGCCGAAACACGAGGACCUCAAAGAUCCGCUCAUUUUCAAAGCCUCAGAAUUGCGGAAAUACUUCAAAACCGGAGACCACGCCAAAGUGCUUGCAGGACGAUACGAAGGAGAAACAGGUUUGAUUGUCCGCGUGGAACCGCAACGGAUUGUCCUGGUGUCGGAUCUGACUAUGCACGAGCUGGAAGUAUUGCCGAGAGAUUUGCAGCUUUGUUCCGAUAUGGCCACCGGUGUCGAUUCGCUCGGUCAGUACCAGUGGGGUGAUUUGGUCCAGUUGGAUCCCCAAACGGUGGGGGUCAUUGUCCGCUUGGAGCGUGAAAACUUCCACGUUUUAGGCAUGCACGGAAAAGUCCUGGAGAGUAAGCCGACCGCCUUGCAAAAGCGCAGAGAGAACCGCAACACCAUCGCCCUGGAUGCGGAUCAGAAUCAAAUCCGCAGGAAGGACAUUGUCAAGGUCAUGGAAGGACCCCAUGCCGGUCGGGAUGGUGAAAUUAAACAUCUUUAUAGGAAUCUUGCCUUCCUGUACUCGCGGAUGUACACCGAAAACGGUGGAAUCUUUGUUUGCAAAACCAGGCAUCUCCAGCUGGCCGGUGGUAACAAAUCCCAGGGUAACGUUCUGAUGCCAAUGGGUCAGUUUGGAUUCAUGUCUCCUCGCAUUCACUCCCCGAUGCAUCCGUCCGGUGGCCGUGGAGGACGUGGAGGUGGAGGCCGGGGCGGUCGGGGAGGUGCCCGCGUCAACCGAGAUCGAGAAAUCCUCGGUAAAACCAUCAAAAUCACAGGUGGACCGUACAAAGGGGCCGUCGGAAUUGUCAAGGACGCCACCGAGAGCACCGCUCGUGUCGAAUUGCAUUCCUCCUGUCAGACCAUCUCCGUGGACCGGAAUCACAUCACGGUCGUCGGAGCCACCCCGAAAGAGGGCUCCGUGUCGAGCUACAUCCGCACUCCAAGUCGCACCCCCGGCAGCAGCUACGGCUCUCAAACUCCGGUCUACUCCGGAUCCAAGACCCCGCUGCAUGGCUCACAGACCCCAUCCUACGAUGUUGGCAAUCGUACUCCUUAUGGUUCGAUGACCCCGUCUCACGAUGGCAGCAUGACUCCUCGCCAUGGCGCCUGGGAUCCAGCGGUUACCAACACCCCGGCCCGCUCCAACGACUUCGACUUUAACAUGGAAGAACCCUCACCGAGUCCCGGAUACAACCCUAGCACCCCCGGCUAUCAGAUCAACACCCCCUUCGCUCCGAACACCCCCGGAAACAUGUUCAACGCAGAAAACUACAGUCCCUAUCAACCCAGCCCCAGUCCAAGUCCCUCCCCGUACCAGGUGGGCUACAUGGGUACCCCAUCGCCGAGCGGAUAUUCUCCGGCCACCCCCGGAGCGCCGCAAUCCCCGUACAACCCGCAAACUCCCGGCGCCAGCUUGGACUCGCAGUACAGCGACUGGUGCACCACGGACAUCGAAGUCAAGAUCCGGAACCACGACGACUCACAUCUGGAGGGCCAAAGCGGAUUCAUCAAGACCGUCAACAGUGGCGCUUGUUCCGUGUUCCUCCCGGCCGAGGAUCGUGUCGUUACGGUGCUCAGCCAAAAUUUGGAACCGGCCGUCCCGGGGCCAGGCGAUCGGUUCAAGGUCAUUUUCGGCGAGGAUCGCGACUCGAUCGGGGAUUUCCUGUCGAUGUCGAGCAGCAAGGAAGCGAUGGUGUCCUUCAACGGCAAAAAGAAAAUCAUGCCGCUGAGUUAUCUCUGCAAGGUUACGAUGGAUUAGGAUGGGGGACGAGCAGGAGCAGCCGUCGGUCAACGUUGUUGAUCAGUUUAUUUGGAUAUAUCGGUGUGACAUUAUGCAAGCUGUUGGAUCAAAUGAA